AUGGACCGUCCGGCAUCUACACUGCGGCACGCUGGCACUCUGGCCAGCGAUGGGGGGCGCUUCGCGAAAAUGGAGACCCAAAUGCCCUCCGAAGUGUGGCAGCUGCAAGCUGCCAUCCGCGCAGAGCUCGAAAGGCAGACGCGCCAACUAGAGGAGACGCUCUCGAAGCAGGCGAAAGUGGCCCAGGAGAAGCACAGCCAGGAGGUGCAGGCCGUAGGCGCGGCCUGGCAGCUUGUGGCACGGGCUUUGGGCGAGCAGCUGCAGGCCGGCUUCAGGUCGUCGCAGCGAAGUUGCCAGGAGCAGGUGGAGCGCCUGGAGAACCUCGAGGCGGCACUCCACCGAACGCUGCAGGAAGCGGAAGACCGCGAGGCGAAGCGUCGGCAGGAGGUGCAGGGCGUCAGCGAUGCCUGGCAGACGCUUGCCAGGACCAUCGGUGAACAGCUUGGUCAGGUCCAGCGCUUAGGGCAUCGGCUCGAGACGGGCUUGCAGCAACUCUCCGACAGCUUCGGGCAAGGCGCUGAGAUUGGCCCCAUGGAAAAUCCAGCAGUUCCCAGCAGCAUCUCGCCGGAGAUGUUUCUUUGCAGUGGACCUCCAGCGCCAGCGGAACCUGCAAGCCAUUCGCCGUUGCAGGCUAUGUUCUGCCAUGCGUGCGGCAUGCACUGUGGGAGUAGCCUGCAGGCGAUGAUGAGCACGCAGCCGCUGCCGCAACAGAGACUGCCGCACACUUCGUCUCGGGAGGGGCUCUCUAGACUUGACCAGUCACAGAGGCAACUGGGAGGAUCCGGCCAGCGCGAUGUGAAGAAAGCAUCCUGGCCGUCUCAGGCGCUCUUCUGCGGGCACUGGUGUGGCCAAGAGUGUGUUCAGCACUUGCACCAGGCCAGCCUCAUGUUGACCAGACCAAACUUUGGACGGCCACCAGCGCAUGCUGGGCCUGCUGGGCCUGGCGAUCCCGGGGUGGCAGCGGAUGACCUGGACCGAUGUUCUGUUGUGCCGUGGUCAAGGCCGACGGAGUUGCCAGCGCUGCCCUCGGAUGUCGACAUGGACGAUUGCUAUGGCUGCAACCGAGACACCACGAAGCCGAGAUUCUGGGAGGGAUGGGAUGUUGAUGGCCCAGGCAUGCGGCAAGAGCAGCUGCAAAAGGCACCUGUUCUGCAGGACUAUGUGGCGUGCGGUACAUCCGCUGCUCCACCGGAGAGUUCCACACAGUCCUUUCCGCACCCGCUUGAUGACGGACACACCUGCCCAUCACCUUCCAUACUGCACAAGCCCGGGACGCGUUCCCCCGGCGUGCCUGCAAGAUUUGUGACCUUUACCGUGGAUGAGAGAAAAUCGCAGCCUGCCCAUCCUUUUCUUCCACUGGCAUCUUCAAAGCCCAAGGCAGCUCCGAAGAAAAGGAGUACAGACAGCGGAGUGCUGUGGCACCUCAUCCCCGGAUCCUGA